UUAGAGUCACCUCCCCUUGCAACCGGUGUAAGAUCACACUUUUGAUUGCAUUUGCUGAAUUUUCAACAAAAAUAAACAAUGAUGCGAAAGUUACAUGCUGAGGAACCUCCACGAAGACAGGUCAGAAAUCUCAGUCUACAGAGAACUCCAGCUAAGGUAGAGAGAGUGAUUAUUGAUGGCGUUGCCAGGACAAAAGAUGACAUUGUUACAAAGCAAGUGGAAACAGUUUUUCAGUCUGAAAAUUUUGAAGAUAUGGUACAGAGAAGCCAAGAGGCAAAAGAUCUCAUGAAGAAACUCGGAAUCUUUAAAAGUAUCCACAUUGAAAUUGACACUUGUAAAGGUCCUAAAGCCAGUUCCCAUGGUUACCAGGUUAAAUAUAAGGUAGAGGAGAUGAGAUUUAUGACAGGAGGUGCACACACACAGAUCGGCACAAAUGACGGGAACCUGCUAUUUAAUGUGAGAAUUCCAAACUUGUUUGGCCGAGCAGAGAGGGUUGUAACAGAGUAUACAUAUGGUACCAAACAGACUAGAGGAAUAGGCAUACAUCUUACUAAACCUGUCAAUGGAAAUACUGAUGUCUUGUUUGGUGCUGCUGGAUACCAGGCUCAUAGUGAAUAUCCCUGGAGUGGAUACAAAGAAACAGACAGAGGUGUUGGUGUAGAUCUAUCUUUUCCAUCAUUGAUAGGCAGUCAUAAUAUCAAGUGGGAGGGUGUAUGGAGAGAUUUACGAUGUAUGUCAAACACUACAUCUUUCUCUGUUAGAGAACAAGCUGGACAUAGUCUCAAGUCAAGUUUAAAGCAUAUCUUUAUGAGAGACAGCAGAGAUGAUCCUAUUUUACCUACUGAAGGAACACUGCUUAAACUAACUCAGGAAUAUGCUGGAUUAGGUGGGAAUGCAAGAUUUUUCAAACAUGACGUAGAAUUACAGGCCAACAAGGAACUUAUACUGGAUUCUGUUUUACAACUAUCAUUAGCUGGAGGUGUAAUGAGAUCUCUAGAACCCAAUAAAGAUAUAAUGAUCAUCGAUAGAUUCUUCCUUGGAGGUCCUCUAACCUUACGAGGCUUUAACAUAAAAGGAGUAGGGCCACACAGUGAUGGAAAUGCUCUUGGAGGUGAUAUGUACUGUAUGGGAGCACUACAUUUAUACACACCUUUACCAUUCCGGCCUGGGAAAGGAGGAUUUGGCGAACUAUUUAGAUCACAUUUCUUUGUAAAUGCUGGCAACUGUGGGAACUUUCAAACUUUCAGUUUUGACCAGUUAAACAGAGACAAUAUGGAUGUGUUUAGAAAUUCACUGAGACUAGCCUAUGGUGCUGGCAUUGUAUUGAGGCUUGGAGGGGUGGCAAGACUUGAACUCAACUAUGUAGUUCCUGUGUGGCUCCAGCAGGGAGAUAGUGCAAACCCAGGGGUACAACUUGGAGUAGGACUAACAUUCUUGUGAUACAUUGUUUCGUCUAGCUUUUUGAUAGACAAUUUAUAUUGCAAAUCAGUGCUUGACUGAAAACUGUGAUUGAAGGGAAAUAACUUACAGAUAGAACUGUAAUAUAAACCAGAAUGUUAUAUUAGUAAGGCUAGGAUUGAAUGGUUAGUGUUUUGAGUCCAGUUUAAAAAUGCAAUCCUUCCAUUGGUCAGUUUGAAAAUUGUUCUCAGAAACAACCAGGCAGAUUUAGUGUUUUGUGACAAGUUUAAGCAUGUAAUCCUUUGACUGGUUGGUUUAAAAAUUGUUCUCAGAAACAACCUGUCAGAUUGAGAGUUUUUAGACAAGUUUAAGCAUGCAAUCCUUGCAUCGGUAAGUUUUAAAAUUGCUUUAAGAAAUAAGCAAUGGGAUGUUAGAGUUUUGAGACCAUACUCUAAUGUCAGUUUUAAAGUCUUACACCAAUGUUCUAGAUUAACCUUCAGCCAGCUGGCGGCAAGUGGUUUUGCCUUUACGACCAGUGCAGACCAAGAUCAGCCUGCACGCACUGUUCACUAUUAAGUCAGUAAAUUUUCAGUGAACACCUCUUUGAACAAGAAGUGGUACUGCCCAGAUAGAAUGAUUGACCAGUCCAUUUAAUAAAUCUGACAGGGUAAAGGUUAAUACAGCAGACUGUGUGUUUAUGGACAUGGGUAAUGCCAUGCAGGUAACCAACAUUUUCAAGGUCAAAGAGGUAGAUUUUCUUUAAAUUUUCAUAAAUUGGAGAACUGAAGAGAUAGGCUUGGUUGUGAUGUGGUGAAACCUGCUUCAACAAAUUCUUUUCAUAACUGUGUAAUAAUUGUUAAAAAGAAAUUUGCUCAUUACAAAAAUUGUAUAGUUCUGUGAAACAGUCAUAUAAGGGAGGGACAGUUUUUUACAAAUUCUGAGGUUGUGUCAGUCUGGGAAAUUGAAUCCUAAUUGCAUAGGGAUGUGAAUAUGUACAUCUUAACAUUUUAAAGAUUUAUGUGCAUAGAUGUAACAUCAUUACAGAAAUGUUAAUUGAAUAAGGGCAACAGAUGUUGAAUGCUUUUAACUGAUGUGUUUGCAAUUGUUCUGUUAAUGAGAUUUAGCUUCAUACCAAUAUUGACUUAAGAAAAAAAAAACAGCCAUAGCUGAAACAUUUGUGACAAUGCAGAUUUGCUUCCCUGUGCAUAGCUAUGUAAAAAGUAUGCCUUUUUAAAGAUAAGCUGAUUUAUUUAUUUUUUUGUUGAAGGCUGUGUCAUGUGUUCAAAGAAAAGGAUAAUAUAUAUGGAUGUUUUGUUAAUAAUAAACCAUCAAAGAUGUAAAGACAUAUCUUGAGCUUUUGAACAGUUAUGAGAUAGCUUCAUUUUUACUGGAGUGGUGUGCAAAAGUAACUUUCAGCAAAAUCAUGUUUGUAUAACAGAAUUUUAUAUGAUUAUGAGGUAUUUUGUUUGCUACUGGAAAUGUAUAAAAAAAGUACUGUGAGCAAAUUCAUGUUUUAUAACAGAACUUCAUAUAAUUAUGUGAAAAAAGACUUACAUUACUGCAAAACCCCAUUCACACAAAGUUGCAAGGGAAUCGAGACUUCCCGUUAUACACCAAAAGGUACAUGUAGGCUAGCUGACCUUGGGAAUUCAUGUUUGUAUGCCUUUUGUUUACACCAUCAGAAGAAACUAUGAUGCAUGGUAAAAGCAUACAUAUGACAUUUUCAGAUAAUGCGUUAUAAAUGUUGUUUCAUAAUUAUCAUCUUGUUUUACAAAAUGACUGUAACAAAUAAUUAUGAUUUCCUUAAAUUUUGUUUGAAGAAAUAUUUCUCCUAUCUUUUAUUUAUCAUUGAUAGUGUAUUGUAGGACUUUUAGCUUUUUAAGUGAAUGUGAAAGUCUUAUCCAAAUCUAGAUCACAUUAGUUUUCCCCUCAAAGUUAUAACUUUUAAACGUUUUAAUUAAUUUUUCAUCAAUCAGUAGUCUCAUUAUCAGCUCUAAUGUAUCGAAAAACAAAAAUUUUCUUAUUCUGAGAGAAUAUUGCACGAUUUUUUGGAUCGUGAACAUUUUAUAUUAGCUGAUUUACUCUGACCGUUACAGGUGUGAACAAUUUUGAGUGAUUGAUGCUCGUGCAAACAAGCCAUAAUAAUUUAAGGAAAAAUGACAAUGAAACUCAUGAAUAGCUCUAACGAUCACUUGUACGUGAGCCAUUGAUGUUCAAGUGAGUGCAGUUACACUGUAGUUGCAAAAGAGUUAAAUUUUCGACAAAGUGCAUUUUCUAUUUUGUUUCUAUUUUCAAAUUGUUAUGUUGUAUAUCAUAUUACAUUUUAUGGGAUUUUUCAGAUAUGUUUUCUAGAUGUCACUUCUGAAUUUCUUGUACAUAUGAUUAUGAUUAAAAGCGCAUAUAAAAAGAUGUUUAGAUCAAUUCAAAAGAGAACAUGUCCUUAAUUAUGUUAGAUAUAAUGAUAUGUCAAUUAUAACAUGCUUCCAAGGUUAUGAAACUGAAAUUGGACACCAGUCUCAGAAUGCAGGCUUGUCAUUGGUUAAUUUUUAAAAGUGUGCUUUGAAACAACCAAUCGUAUGCUUAGCCAUUGAGACUGGUCUCCAUUUUCAGUUUUAUAACCCUGGACCCAGGUUUAAUUGAAGUGAAGCUGGCUAUAUAUUUGAUAGAACUAAUCUGAUGCAUGAAUUAAGUUGUUAGAAGUGUAUUUCAUAAGAAGAAAUGUUUUAUGAGAAAUAUAUCAAAUAAAAACAAAAAAUUC